AGUGAAGCAUUCAGUCGUUGGUUCCCUACAAGCAAACAACUAAAUUUAAUUUUUAAUUUAAGUUUUACUUCUCUCCCCCACACAAAACUCACAACUAUGAACUCCUUCUCCGUGUUCUUGGUGUUUGCAUUGGCAGCACUGGUCGUUGCGGAACCACCAUCAGGAUAUAAUUAUCCCAGAGGCGGAGGCGGCGGUGGCGGCGGCUCGUUCGGCGGUGGAUUUGGUGGCGGCUCAUUCGGAGGCGGUUCGCUUGGUGGUGGCGGUGGCGGCUAUCAAGCCGUUAGCGGUGGCUUCCAAACUUCCGAAGGUCAAAAUGUUGAUCCUCAACUGUUGGAGCAAGUACGUCAAAUUCUGCUGAAUGAAGAGAGCAAAUCCGGUGGCGGCGGCGGUGGUGGUGGCGGCGGUGGCGGUGGCUACCCAUCUGGCUCGUAUGGUCCUCCGUCCGGUUCAUAUGGUCCACCAUCAUCGUCAUAUGGUGUGCCCGGUAUCGGUGGUGGCGGCGGUGGUCGUGUAGUCGGUAUUGAUUUGGAGGGUGUGCGUCAAGCCAUUCAAGUGGCGCAGUUUGCUCAACAAAGCACGCAAGCUGGCGGUGGCGGUGGCUUUGGUGGCUAUCCAAGUGCACCAUCUGGCUCGUAUGGUGCUCCGUCGAGACCAAGUGGCAGUUAUGGUGCGCCCUUCUAGAGCGUAUAUGUAUGUGUGUCGACUCAAAUACAUUUAAAUAUUAAAUAAAAAAAUACCAGCUUGUGCUCGAAAACCGUAGUUAAGCACAAGGAAGUAAGAGAGAAGCAAAUAUAAAUGUAGACCACAUUCCUCAGCCAAUACAACAAUCGAUGAACAAUCAAUCAAUCAAUCAAUCAAUCAAUCAAACAACACGCUGCCAAAUAAAAGAAAUAUUGAAAUUGAAGACAAUGAUAAUGAUACAUGAUGAAGAUGAAGAUGAAGAUGAAGACGGAUGAAAGGCGAUGCGAAGCAUUGAGUACGAUAAUGAAGAAUGUGAAAGUGAAAGUGAUUUAAAAACGGAUUGCGAAACAACUAUGCCAACAACAAUAAAAACGCCACUCAAUGGAUAAUUUGAUGAUCACGGAUGAAGUAGCAUAAGCAAUAGGCAACAAACAAGCAACAAUCAGUGAAAUUUAAGAAAAAAAAAAA